AUGUUCUAUGGAAGGUGGGUGUUGCCUCCUUGGGAAUUUGUGAACAUCAACUUGCUGCAAGGCGUGGCACCGCUGUAUGGCUCACAUCCAUGGCAUUGGUAUUUCACUCAGGGACUGCCGGCAAUGUGUGGGACAUUCAUGGUUUUGCUUCCCCUUGGAAUCUUCUGGAGCAAAAGGCGGUCACUGUCUGCGCUCGCUGCAUGGAACAUUCUCGUUCUCAGCUUCUCGGCUCACAAGGAGUUCCGCUACAUACUGCCGAGCCUGUGCCUGAUCAUGCCUUACUGUGGCCUGGCCAUGAGCACACUGAGUUUAAAGCUGAACAAAGCACCCAGGGAGGAAAUACCAGGAGUCAAGCAGAGGCAUGGCGCUGUUGGAGCCCUCCAGUCCAAUCGCCUACAGACAGGCACGCUGAGAGACAGAGCUCAAAAGGCACUGAAUGUCAGCAGCCCACCUGCACCAGUCUGCAAGGGGCAGUGGAUCAAAUUGAGGCGCUGCCAGAGGGGCCUGUGGUGCCUGGUGCUGCUAGCAGCCUUUGGAGUGCAAGUCCCUGCCGCCUUGUACUUUUCGCUAGUCCACCAAAGCGUUGAUGAAAGAAUUGGACAUUAA